AUGCUUUCUAAGGAGGUAGACCCUAGAUGGACUGCUAUGCCAUCAAUGCCAGGUAUGUCACCUAUGCCAGGUAUGCCAGGUAUGCCAGGUAUACCACCUAUGCCAGGUAUGCCACCGAUGCCAGGCAUGCCCCCAAUGCCAGGUGUGCCGCCGAUGCCAGGUAUGCCACCGAUGCCAGGCAUGCCCCCCGUACCAGGUAUGCCACCGAUGCCAGGUAUGCCCCCCAUGCCACCUUUGCCCGGCAUGUCACCCAUCACACAUGUGGACAGUCCUUCCACAUCUCAGCAAGAUUCAGGUGCACAAGAUACUCUGCCUCAAUCCUCUUGA